CUAACAGCGAGUGAGCUAUUGGUUGAUGAAAACGAACAGCCAAACAGGACACUGUGCAGACAAUAGAGGGCAAAAGACAACGCUAUGACAGACCCAAGACGAUUGAGAGGUCACAAGGGCACCGCCACCUGCUGCAUCGCCUCCCGGCACCGGCCUGGCCUUGUGGUCACUUCCGGCGAGGAUGGUUGCAUUUGCUGGUUUGAUAUGCGGUGCAAAGAUGUGCUUUAUGUCAUGGAUGUGGGGAACGAUCCGAUUUCAUCAUUAUGUUUUAAACCAGAGAAUGAAGAUGUCAUUUAUGUUUCCUCUGGAAAUGAAGUUAAAGGUUUUGAUGUGCAUCUGGCUGCCUCGUGGAAGCAGUUAGAGAGUUACAACUACAAUAAAGAGGAAAUAAAUCAGAUCGCGUGCAACUCUAAAUCGUCGUUUCUUGCUGCCGCAGAUGAUGGUGGUGAUGUUAAGAUAAUUGACAUUCGCGAGCAAUGCCUUUAUAAAACUCUAAGAGCUGGCCACACAAAUAUUUGUAGCAGCAUACAAUUUCUUCCUUGGAGACCUUGGGAAGUCAUUACUGGUGGUCUUGAUUCAAAGCUUGUGAUGUGGGACUUCUCCAAAGGACGGCCAUACAAAAUUGCGGACUUUGGUAUGCCUGGUGAGGACAGUAGAGGUAAUGCUGGACAAUGUUGCAAUCCUGCUUUUGUCCAUGCUCUAGCAGUUCCAGAAGUUGAUAUGUUAGAUAAAUCAGGCAAGGUAUGUGUUGUAGCUAGGGGCGAUGGUAUCGUUGAUGUGAUCAAUAUUGAUUCAGAACUUGCUGCUAAGUCAAAAAGUUCCUCAAAGCCCCAAAAAGGUAAUCAAGCAAGAUCAAAAGGCAGUGUUCCAUUCGCAAGUACUGAAACCCUAGAUCAAAAUGGAAGAAAGAAGUUGCAUCUGGAUUACACUUUGGGAGGGCAUACCGCUGCUGUAUCCUGCGUGGCAUUUUCAAUGUUUGGGGAGAAAGGGAGGUUUAUCAUUUCAGGCGGAAAUGAUAAAUUAGUGAAGGUAUGGGAUUGGUCCAGAUAUAAUGCUGGUCAAACUAGCAGCGAUGGUGAUCUUUUACACUUAAAUAUUAACUUGAGCAAAAAGGUCAACUGGGUUUGUACCACGCCAACUGAUUCUGAAAACCUUGUUGUAUGUGAUACAUCCAAAGUAGUGAAGGUUUAUACUGUUACAGGGGAUGUUGUUCCACAAGGACCACAACCUUUUGUAUUUGGGGAGUAUGACAACGGACUGACUAAUGGCCAGUUUUGUCUAUCAGAGUUGGAAGAAAAGGGCAUUUUGUAUCGGAGCAAAUUGUCUAUUCAGAUUAGAGACAGCUGUGAAUUUAGUUCCAAUUCUUCAGUCAGUAGAUGCAAUGUCCCUGUUGGUGGGGAUUAUGUGGGAAGUGAGAUCAAGAUGAUGGAGUCUGGAGUACCUAUUUGCAACACAUGUGGAGAACAAGUGGCUUUGAAUCCAAAUGGAGAGGUGUUUGUGGCUUGUCAUGAAUGCAGUUUCCCAAUUUGCAAGUCGUGUUUUGAUCAUGACAUCAAAGAAGGGCGUACUGCAUGCAUUCGUUGUGGCGCUCCCUAUGAAGAAAUUUCUACAAUGGCUGAUGCAGAAACAGAGGCAUCUGGCAAUCGUUCCACAAUGGGUGCCUACCUCGAUAAUUCUCAGGAUGUUGGACUGCAUGCUAGAAAUUAUAGUAUAUCUACAGUAGACAGUGACAUGAUUGGCGAAUCUGGGAACCCAAUAUGGAAAAAUAGGGUGGAAAGUUGGAAGGAUAAAAAGAACAAGAAGAAAAAGGCUCCGAAGAAAGUUGUUAAAGAAGCUGAAAUUCCACCUGAGCAGCAGAUGCAAGAAAAGCAGCAGACAGCAGAUGCUUCGCAGCCACUUUCAAGAAUUGUUCCAAUUCCAAAGAACCAACUCACACCAUACAGAAUUGUGAUUAUUAUGCGAUUGAUCAUUCUUGGCCUUUUCUUCCAUUAUAGAGUGACGAAUCCUGUUGACAGUGCUUUUGCUCUGUGGCUCACUUCUGUCAUUUGCGAGCUCUGGUUUGCUGUUUCUUGGGUGUUGGAUCAAUUUCCUAAAUGGUCUCCCAUUAAUAGGGAUACAUUUAUUGACGUGUUAUCUGAAAGGUUUGAAAGAGAGGGUGAGCCCAAUGAACUUGCUCCAGUGGAUUUCUUCGUGAGUACAGUGGAUCCUUUGAAAGAACCACCACUUAUUACUGCCAAUACUGUGCUCUCGAUCCUUGCUGUGGACUACCCUGUGGAGAAAGUCUCCUGCUAUGUGUCUGAUGAUGGUGCUGCUAUGCUUACAUUUGAGUCUCUGGUUGAAACGGCUGAUUUUGCAAGGAAGUGGGUUCCAUUCUGCAAAAAGUUUUCAAUUGAACCACGUGCACCGGAGUUUUAUUUCUCACAGAAGAUUGACUACUUGAAAGAUAAAGUGCAACCUUCUUUUGUGAAGGAACGUAGAGCAAUGAAAAGAGACUACGAAGAGUACAAAGUGCGGGUAAAUGCUUUGGUAGCAAAGGCUCAGAAAACACCAGAUGAGGGCUGGACAAUGCAAGAUGGAACAUCUUGGCCAGGAAAUAACACACGUGACCACCCUGGAAUGAUUCAGGUUUUUCUUGGACAUAGUGGUGCCCAUGACAUAGAGGGAAAUGAACUUCCCAGAUUGGUUUAUGUCUCAAGAGAAAAGAGACCUGGCUACCAACAUCACAAAAAAGCUGGUGCUGAAAAUGCUCUGGUAAGGGUGUCCGCAGUUCUCACAAAUGCUCCCUUCAUCCUCAAUCUUGAUUGUGAUCACUAUGUAAACAAUAGCAAGGCAGUUCGAGAGGCAAUGUGUUUCUUGAUGGAUCCCCAAGUUGGUCGUGAUGUAUGCUAUGUGCAAUUUCCACAGAGAUUUGAUGGCAUUGAUCGCAGUGAUAGAUAUGCCAACCGCAACAUAGUCUUCUUUGAUAUUAAUAUGAAAGGACUGGAUGGUCUUCAAGGACCAAUGUAUGUGGGGACAGGUUGUGUUUUCAACAGGCAAGCACUUUAUGGCUACGGACCUGCAUCAUUGCCCACUUUACCCAAGUCUUCAUCUUCUUGUUGCUGUCGCCCCAAGAAGCCCUCGAAAGAUCUGACAGAGGAAUACCGAGAUUCAAAGAGGGACGAUCUAAAUGCUGCCAUUUUUAACCUCAGAGAGAUUGAAAAUUAUGAUGAUCAUGAGAGGUCAUUACUCAUGUCACAAAUGAGCUUUGAGAAAACAUUUGGCUUGUCUUCAGUGUUCAUCGAGUCUACACUGAUGGAGUAUGGAGGAGUGGCUGAAUCUGCCAACCCAUCUACACUAAUCAAUGAAGCAAUUCAAGUCAUUAGUUGUGGUUAUGAAGAGAAGACUGCUUGGGGAAAAGAGAUUGGCUGGAUAUAUGGUUCAGUUACUGAAGAUAUCUUGACAGGUUUCAAGAUGCAGUGCCGAGGGUGGAGGUCAAUUUACUGCAUGCCUUUAAGGCCUGCAUUCAAGGGUUCUGCACCCAUCAACUUGUCUGACAGGUUGCACCAAGUUCUCCGGUGGGCACUUGGAUCUGUUGAAAUUUUCCUGAGCAGACAUUGUCCCCUGUGGUAUGGAUUUGGAGGAGGCCGUCUUAUGUGGCUGCAAAGAUUGGCAUACAUCAACACCAUUGUUUACCCAUUCACAUCUCUGCCUCUCAUUGCAUACUGCACACUGCCUGCAAUUUGCCUUCUGACUGGAGAUUUCAUCAUACCUACGCUCUCAAACCUAGCUAGCAUCUGGUUUCUUGGGCUCUUCAUUUCCAUUAUCGCGACCAGUGUGCUUGAGUUGCGCUGGAGUGGAGUCAGCAUCGAAGAUUGGUGGCGUAAUGAGCAGUUUUGGGUGAUUGGAGGAGUUUCAGCCCAUUUAUUCGCAGUCUUCCAAGGAAUUCUCAAAAUGACUGCUGGCCUUGAUACCAACUUCACUGUCACUGCAAAGGCAACCGAUGACACAGAGUUUGGUGAACUGUAUAUCAUCAAAUGGACAACGGUUUUGAUCCCUCCGACAACCCUUCUCAUUAUCAACUUGGUAGGUGUUGUUGCUGGAUUUUCAGAUGCUUUAAAUAAAGGGUAUGAAGCUUGGGGUCCUCUUUUUGGCAAGGUGUUCUUUGCCUUUUGGGUGAUCCUUCAUCUGUACCCAUUCCUCAAGGGUCUUAUGGGGCGCCAAAACCGGACUCCAACCAUUGUUGUACUAUGGUCAGUGCUCUUGGCCUCUGUUUUCUCUCUGGUUUGGGUUAAGAUCAAUCCAUUUGUGAGCAAAGACGAUGGUGCAAUGACCCCAAGCUGCAUUUCCAUUGAUUGUUAAGGCACCACAACAAUGUUUACCAUAUUUUUGGAAUUUAGUUCUCUUGCCUAAGUGGGUGUUUUGAUUAGUUUGAUAUUACAUGUAAAAUUUUGACAAUUUGUACAACGUUUUAUGCGAAUUCUUGAAGUUCUUCCAUGUUUAAAUUCCUAGCACUGCUGCUUUAUGCUUCAAAAUUAUAAAUAUAAUAUGUGUGGUUAUCCAUAUUUUUCUUCU